AUGACUUCCUCUUCCUCAGCACAAGCUCAUCCAAUUCAGACAAUUGCAGUGAAAGACAUUACUUCUGAGCAAACCACUAUGACUUCCAAACAAAUGGACAUUGAAAAAGUGGUUGCUUCAACCACUGAGCCCCAAGUUCUUCUCCCUCAAGGUCCUUCUCCUAUCCACAGAAUCACUGCUUCUAAGAAAUGGACAAGAGCCAGCUCUAAAAGGGGAAGACUGCAGAGGGAAAUUGCUAUUCCAAUCAUCAUUGACUCUCCUAUUGGCAUGAAGAGAACCAGACUACAUAUUGAAGAACCAUCUCACACACCAGAGGAGACUUGUACUCAGCCAUCUCAAAACAAAAAAAGCAAAUCACAGUCCAAGAAGGUGGGGGUUGCCAGCCUGGAGUGGCACCCAAGUGAACCAUGUUAG